UAAAAUUAUUUUAAUGAAUUAGUGAUUAUAAUUUUUUUAAGGCAAAGUAAAUCGGGUCUAACAUGUCACGUAUUUGGAGACAGAGAGAGUAUGAUUUGUUUCCUUCAAAACCAAAAAAUUGAAAUAGUGGCAAGUACUUUGUAUAUGGUUAUUGUACCGGAAAGAAAGGGCAAGUUAACCAACCUAGUAUGAUACUACUAUAGGAGCUGUAACCAAAUCAUGCCUUAGCGGCUUAGCACUGAUACAAUCUUUUGGUAAAUUAGGUUUUUUUAAAAGUUUCGGUUAUAGAGUCAAGAUUGCUGAAAACAGAAUUUCAUUAAAAUGUUUUUGGUGCAAAUCUCUCUGGAAUUAACCUGCAUCUGUCACGUGCAAUUAUCGUACUGAUGUACGAGUAAUAAUAUUUAUCAGUUUAUCAUCGAUCCCUUACCAUUUAACGAGAAUGUUGUCCGUAGCCUGUUUUGAAACUUAUUAUCAGUAUUCACUAUUCAGUGUAAGUUGAUAGACAGCUAUGCUGUUUGUUAGCAGUGACUUUUUAUUUUUGUUUUUAACCGUCGUUCUUCUCUAUUUCUUCGAUGCAAAUCCUAUAAUUUGCCAAUCGAUGCAAUAAUUUCCUGGUAUAUGGUCUUAUGUACUGUUAUAGGAGUGCUAAAUGCUUCUAUCAACAGUGGUAUGGUUCGUUUUUUGCUACUCGUAUUAUAAAUGCUCUCCCUUAACUUGAAUGACUGCUGGUCUGCUGGGCACAGCAACAACUAGAAGCUUGUCAAUGAUAAGUUAUGAAUAUUUUAUUAGUGGUUUUGGGUGAACGAGGUUAAUGUACAGAAACACCAGCUUAACGGGUGUUUUUUCGUGCGAUUAUGGUUCACGAAAAUUCCAUAACAAAGUUUUGGUAAUAGACUUGGAAUAAUAUGGUUUAGCCCUAACUCUGUGACCUAGAGAGAUAUGUAUGUUCAAAUUCUGAGGGUAGAGGAUCUAUAGUAGCCCCUCAGGUUUGCCUGUAUGAUUGUAUAUUACUUUUAGAUUCUGGAUGACAGCCUGAAUCUACUUUGGAUAUCACAUGAAUGAGAAGUUUUGCUUAAAAUCUGAGAGGAUUUUACAUGCCAUGCUUAGGUGCCUAAUGAUCCACAUCCUUAAGUUUAAUGGUUGAUGAGCAUGUUUAACUAAUGAACUAUCCGGUUUAGUCUUAGCCAUUCGGCAGACACAAUUAUGCUAUUUUGAUAGGCAGUGGCUCGUCAUGUAGGUCCCUAGUGAGUCCUGCUGUGCAAAAGUGAGGAAAACCCCAUCCCUCCGUUUCUUUGCCAUCUCCAUGUCCUCAUUAGGACCACAUAUAGGGUUUUCCCUCUUUCUACGUAUAAAUGUAUAAUACAUGUACGAGGUGUUCCCAGAUAGCCAAUUUUGAACAAACUCCCCCCCUCCCCAACCCAUGCUAAAAUGAAAUAAAUAACUAAGGAAAUAGAAACAACAUAGCUAUGUUUCGUGAAAUAAUGAUUGAACCAACUCUCUGUUAUUGAAUAAAUGCAUGGUUUUGCAUGCAUAUAUACCCCUAGCUCCCAAUAACCUAGUUCCAACGCCCAAUAACCUAGUUCCAACGCCGCAUGCACGCGCACACACACACAAAGAUUUCCAUAGUUCACAUCUCCACUCCUGUUUUUUCUCUUGCGAUGGAUCGCCAGCUCAAUCACAAGAAAAGCCUUUCUUGCUUCUUUGAUGAAGAUUUUACAGAAGAUCAAUCACCCAGCUUUCAACACCUCUCUAAGCAUAACCAAAAUUUUCUUGCUCGCCUUCAUGGCACUCAUUUCUACCCUGAUACCUCACCGAUGAUGUCUCAAAGCCCUGAAUCAUCCUGGUCUCCCUCUCCUUCGUUAACCCCCUCUCAUCCUUCUCUUCUCUAUUGCUGUAUCUCCUCUCUCCGUCGUGAUGGUGAUAUUUAUUCUCUCACUGUAUUCGGAGACCUAGUCUUAACUGGUUCAAGUAGUCGUCGAGUCUAUGCAUGGCAGUCGCUUGACUGCCAUGCAAAGGGUUACAUACAAUCUAGCUCCGGCGAAGUCCGGGCCAUGCAAGUCUAUGAUGACAUGCUCUUCACUGCACACAAGGAUCAUAAAAUUAGGAUAUGGAACAUGAGAACUUGCAGUGGUAGCUUUAGGGCUAGAAAAGUCCUUACCCUACCUUGUGCUAGCCAUUUCAAGAGUUUCAUUUGUAGGUCUGUUGUCCCACACCAUAGGUUAACUGCUAAUAAGCCAAUUACACCACAACAUAGGGAUAUAAUCUCUUGCAUGGCUUUUUACUAUGUUGAAAGUAUUUUAUACACUGGCUCAUUUGAUAAAACUAUCAAAGCUUGGAAGUUAAGUGUAAAGAAGUGUAUCGACUCGUUUGUAGCUCAUGGUGACCACAUCAAUGACAUGGUGGUCAACCAACAAAGUGGCUACCUUUUUACUUGUUCUUCAGAUGGAACAGUAAAGAUGUGGUUAAGGGUUUAUGGUGAACACAGCCAUGUCCUUAUUAAGGUCUUUAGUUUUCAUACCUACCCUAUUUAUGCCUUGGCUUUAGGUGUGUCACCAUCACAAAGGAGUUUCUUGUAUUCCGGAUCUUCUGAUGGAUGUAUAAAUUUCUGGGUGCAAGAGAUUUCUACUCACUACAAUCAUGGUGGAGUCUUAGAAGGGCAUCAGUUUGCGGUUCUUUGCCUAGUGACCCUAGAUAAUUUGGUGAUCAGUGGGUCUGAGGAUUCGACGAUCAGGAUUUGGAGGCGAGAGAAAAUAAGAUUUACUCAUGAGUCUCUUGCUGUUUUAGAAGGGCAUAGAGGGCCUGUGAGAUGCUUGGCUGCUUCUUUGCAGGACGAGCUUGUAACGAGUUUCUUGGUGUAUAGUGCUAGCUUGGAUCAGACAUUUAAGGUGUGGAGAGUAAAGCUCUUGUGAGAAGUGAAGAAAUCCCCUGGCCGCCAUAGCAAUGGAGAAGAUGAUAUGGAAGAUACAAAUUCUGCAGCGUGUGAGCCUAGCCCUGUGCUGUCUCCUUCAUGGGUUAAGAAGAAGCUUCAAUGUCGUAGUCUUAAAUAGUCCGUUUAAUUACAAGUUUUCAGGUUUUAUUUGUAAUAUUACUAAGUUGGAAUAUCAUCUUAGGAUAUUCAAAUAAAGUAGAUUAUGCAUGUUUAUGUAAUCAGUUGAAGUUACUUCAGCAACGAACAUGUAGUACACUAGUACGUAUGUAUUAUUAGUCUAUUAAAUUAUGUUCUAUUCCAUGUAAUUUUGCACCAUUACAUACCAAUUUAAGUUAUCAAUAAAAAUAAGUUUUGUUAUCUAAAAACAAUGCAAUGACCAUGAAAGAAAUUUUUGAG